UUCAUUUAUAUUCCACUUUUGACUUAGCUUUUCCUCAUCUUUUCUUCAGCUUCCUUUCAGCUCUUCACUUUCCCCUUCCAUUCUACAAACUUAAAAAACCUUUUCCUUCUCAAAGAGGAAAACAAUAUAAAUCAAUGUCAAACAUGUCCUCCAUUUUCCCCGUUGCAGUACCUCAACAUUUCACUGGCAAUGGCUUUGAUCCUCGAAUCGAUUAUUUUCAGAUUUUGCCUUCAAAAAACAUCAAGAAAAAUAGUCACCGGAAAAAAUGGUGGAGAUAUGCUCUGUUCUUCUUCAAGUGGAAUAAACGGAAGCCUUUAAAUGAAAGUCCUAAAUACAGCAAUUUUCACCAUCGGAAUGUUGUAUUAAGUGGAUCAAUUUCUGGGCCGGUGUACAUUACAGAAAGUAGAAAUGGGUCAAACACGCCUCGCCGGAAAACCCGCCGGCCGUUCUCCGGUUCACUGGCCGGAAGUUUGAUUCCGAGCAAGAAAGGUGAUUUGGAGAUACCAUACGUUAAUCUUAAGGAGUUUAACUUGGACCGGCAGCAGACAACCUCAGCUACUCCCAUCUACUUAGUCACAUAAUGAAAGUAUUUCAAAUUUGAAAUACUAACUACUGUAAAUUACUCAUGUAAUUUCCAUUUUAUGCGGCAUAUUGAAGGAGUUAAAAGGUUUCUUUAAUCUCGA